ACAAUACACCGAUCCUGAGCGAGAGCGGACGCUUUCGUCUCGAUUCGCCAGGAUGCAUCCGAUUUAAUAAUGAUCUCGCGAUUUCACGACGCAAUUUCGCGGCACAAAAGGGAGUAAAUCGCCACGAAUGGACGCGCGCUUUUCCACGCGGUUUAACCCGUUAAUCGAGAUAGAUCCUCUCAAUUUCUUUCCACGUGUAGAGAGUGCCCGUCGAAGUAUGAAAAUUUGUGGUGUGAAAUAUUAAUAAAUAAAUAUUCUUAAUAAGCUCUCCUUACAAAUAAUUUUUUAUCUUUUGAUUUUAUUUUUCUUAUUCCUUGACAAAAAGUUGUACAUAAAUGCAAGAGAGUACUGAGAUGCUAAGAGUUUGCUCUUUUGGAAAUGAAAGCAUUUUGAGGGAAACAAUCGAGCUAUCAAGUCGUGCGCGCAAUUCGUUAAAGAUUUAAUGUACCGUGCUGAUCUCAGGAAGGUAAAUCAUUAUGAAAGCGUCACAUACUAUCCGCACUACUGAAGUCUUCAUAUCCGAUGAACUGAACCAAACAUCUUGUACGUAUUCAGCACGAAAUAUGUAUGUGUUUAUAUUCGAAAUACGUGACACUGAAAAUUGAAUAAAGCUCGACGAAAGUUUUUCGGAAGGACGAGAGAGUGUCGCGACAUUAUUGUCUUCCCGAAAAGACGGACGCGUAUCAUCAUCACAAAGCGCGACGAGGAGAAAGAAGACAACAAGAGUAUUAUCUUGUGUUUUCUCUUAUUCAAUGCAAAACAGACACGCCGCUUAAGAGUCUAGAGACUACUCAGGAAGGACGAGACGGCGAAGGAGACGCGAAGAUGAAAUACAAGGUAAACGAUCCAGAGGACAAUGAGAGAGACGCGGAAGAGAAUACCAAAGGAACUUCCGAUGUUUCGUGGAAUUACAAUCAGAGAGAUGAAAAGAAAUCGAGCGGCAAGGAGAUGAGGCUCGUGAUCGUUGUUGGUCUGUUAGCAGUGACUGUCAUCGCUCUCAUUGCAGCACUGACGUUGCAGAUGGCCGUCUUCCGCAAGGAAGAAUACAAGGAAAUGUGCCAGAGCGAGGAAUGCAUCAAGACAGCGGCGCGAGUAAUAGGCGCGAUGAACAGAUCCGUGGACCCUUGCGAAGAUUUCUACAAUUUCGCAUGCGGUGGUUGGAUCAACAAGCAUCCGAUUCCCCAAAGCCAGAGCUUUUGGGAUCAGUUGAGCUUGCUUAGGGAGAAACUUUUGGAGAAUUUAAGGAUUUUACUGGAGGAGCCAGAUAAGGAGACCGAUCUUAGGCCAGUCAAACUGGCGAGAGCACUUUAUAAGACCUGUAUGGAUGUCGCGAGUGUUGAGGCCUUAGGCUUACAGCCUAUAUCCGAGGUACUCAAUAAUUUAGGUUUACCAAAGGACCCGCCGAUGCAGGGCAAAAUACCCUCUUUCGAUAUAUCGAGAUUAACAGGGCAAGCGCAGAGAGCACUGGGCUUAAAUCUUUUUAUUAAUUUUUACAUUAGCGAAGACGUCAAGGACACUACAAGAAAUCGAAUGAUGAUAGAGCAAGCAUCGCCCGGAUUUAGCGAGCGUUAUCUACUAGAUCCACGGCGAUUUCAAUUAGAAUUGAUGGAGUAUAGAAAGUACAUAAAAUCCAUGGUCGAACUCGCGGGGGCUGGUAACAUGAGCGCAAAUUAUGCCAACGAGAUCAUAGAGUUCGGUACGAAACUUGCCAAAAUCAUGGCAACACCCGAGGAGCGUCGCAGCGCGGAUCAUCUCCUUCACGACGUGACAAUCGACGAGCUGCAACAACUUACAGAUCUACGCGCGUUGCAGUGGAACUGGACGAGGUACCUGGAAUCCGUAUUCGAGAAUACGAAUGUCACGAUAAAUCCAACCGUAGAUCGAGUUAUCUUAAUAGACCUGCAGUAUUUGCAGAAAUUACCGUUGCUGCUGUCCAUCACUCAACCCGCCACGAUAGUGCGAUACGUCUGGUGGAGCGUAUACUCGACCGUUGCCCCCUUGACGUUGCAAAAGUUUCGCGAUCUCGGCUUCCAGUUCUCGCAGAAGGUUUUCGGAUUAAAGGAGAAGACGCCUCGUUGGAAGGGAUGCACUGGAAAUGCCAAUGCGAAUUUCGGUAUGGCGCUCAGCUAUAUUUACGCGCAGAAAUACUUCAACGAGCAAGCCCGAGAAAAGGCAUUGGAGAUGUUAUCGGACAUUAGAGCAGCAUUCGAUGAGAUGGUUACGGAAUUAGAUUGGAUGGAUACCGGCACGAGAGCUCGAGCCCAUAGAAAAUUACACGCUAUGAGACCGUUCGUGGGAUUUCCUGAUUGGGUCACGGAUCCAAAAGAGUUGGACAAAUUUUACGAAGGAGUGGAGGUGAUCGAUGGGAAAUUGUUCGAGACUUUUCUAAAAUUGACUGACGUGGCGAUGAAAAAGAGUUUCAAUAAUUUGCGCGAAAAACCCGACAGAAGCAGGUGGAUAUCGACGGGCACGACGGUAAACGCGUUUUAUAGCGCCAUAUUAAAUUCAGUCACUUUUCCAGCUGGUAUUUUGCAUCCUCCAUUUUAUGGCAAUGGAUUGGAGUCUAUCAAUUAUGGCGCUAUGGGAGCUAUCAUGGGCCAUGAGCUUACGCAUGGUUUCGAUGACCAAGGUCGCAGAUACGAUGAGAAUGGCAAUCUCCGCCAAUGGUGGAGCGACGAAACAUUACGACAUUAUCAUGACAAAGUACAGUGUAUGAUCGAGCAAUACAGCAGUUAUCAUUUGCCAGAGCUGGGCGAUAAUUUCACAGUGAACGGCAUCAAUACUCAGGGAGAAAAUAUCGCCGACAACGGCGGCAUUAGAGAAGCUUACAGGGCAUAUCAAAGACUAAUUGCGCGCAACCCGUAUCAGCAAGCUCUACCUGGUCUCGUCGAUUAUAGCAACGAGCAGCUAUUCUUCUUAGGUUUCGCCCAGGUCUGGUGCGGCAAUUAUACGAAUGGAGCACUAAAGUCUAAGGUGAUAGAAGGUGUGCACGCACCGAAUCACUUUCGUGUUAUCGGUACACUGUCGAACAACGCGGAAUUCGCAAGAGCGUGGAGAUGCCCGCUCGGCAGUCCAAUGAAUCCACCGCACAAGUGUAUCCUGUGGUAGAUGCUCUAUUCGCGUUAUUUCGAGUGAUACAAAACGACGUGAUGCAAAAACGCCAGAAACUAUUAUCUCAUUCAAUCUAGAUAUCUAUAUUGUGAGAGAAGAACAGAUGUUGGUGCAGUGAUAAUUCUGAAAAAUUGUAAAUAGACUGAUUUACAAUUAUAGGAACUAGCAAGUAAUUUAUUACAUAUUCUUAGACAUUAUUCUUAGCCUUAAGCUUAUCAUGUAAAUAUCACACGGUAGAGAAUAAUAACUUUUAUAAAGAGACUUCUUUCUCCCAUAUAA